CUCAAGGCUCAGGUCCAAGAUGUCGCUCGUGUGUGCAAUGCUAUGGCCAGAGGUGACUUAUCCCAGAAAAUUACGGUUCCUGUGCAGGAUCUUGCUCAUGCAUAUCAUUACCAUGUCGAUAAAUUGGGACCGUUUGCCAAAGAGGUCACUCGUGUCAGUCAAGAAGUCAGUACAGAAGGUAAACUCGGUGGACAGGCUCUCGUGUUGGAUGUCAAAGGUACUUGGCGGGAAUUGACUGGUGUCGUCAAUAAAUUAGCUGCCAAUUUGACCAGUCAAGUCCGAAGUAUC